UUUUGUUCCUUACGGAAUCUAAGCAUGGAGAACUGGCGCAAGUGGUUCGAGCAGGCCAGUGUCUUGGUUUCCAUCUCUGGCUGGAUCUGCGCUAUCUUUACCCGGACGUUGUCUGUGUGGAUCGUCACCGGAGCUGUCGAUAAUUCCACAGACACUCUGUCACUGUACUGGGAUGGAAUCUGGUUGAGCUGGCAGGACCCGAGGAUAGGAGACUUGCACUGCCACUUCUAUCAGUCGCUUUUGUCUCUAGCUGGGCGCUUUAACUCCUGGAAAGUGUCGGUUAAUGUUUUGAUUGGAGUGGGAGUCAUUCCCAUAGUGCUUUACAUCGUGGCCGUUUUUAUGUUCUCUCAGAAGGUGAGAAUCAAGGCAAUAGCUGGAUUUGUUUUCAUUUUAUCCGGGUUGCUGAUGCUGGUGAUUAUGAGCUGGAUCACUCAUGCCACGUACAAUAGUCUGGACACCCCGGUUCCUUUGAAAAGGGACUGGGGAGCAGCUUUAUAUUUCGGGUGGAUUGGAACGGUGUUGUUUCUGAUUGGAGGAGGAGUGCUGAGUACUUGGUGGUUUAAAGCAGCUCCAGAGCCACAGGAACAAACACGGACAACACAAGCAGCAGCAAUGCCAGAAGCAGAGGAUCCACUUUUUGCAAGGCAUCAUGCUGCAUUCAUUCCGAGUCCAUACAGACAAACCACCAGACCGGUUUAACAAAAGACAGAGCUUGAACUCUUGCUGAAGUCAUGAUACUGUAACAUCUGGGUCUUGCACUGCUGAUGUAAUUGUAUACAUUUGACACUGGUUGAAUUGACUGAAACCCUGAUAAACACUACUGAUUAUUUCAUCUGAUUAUCCAUUUCAAAAAGCUGUUAUAUUUGAAACUUUAAGAUUUAAAACGUCUUGCUUUUUGUUAUUUACCGGAGCAGUGUCCAAUAUUUCUAAAGGUUGGUUAAACU